GUAAUGCUUUGCUGCUUAAAGCUCCUGAGGAAUCGAUAUCAUAAUUUGUAUAUUUCCACCACGAAGAACCAUGUUCCACUAUUUCGAAGCUAUGAUUUUGUCUUGAGCGCGUGUUUUCAAAUUGUUCGUCACAGAAAUGGAUGAACUCAGUUGGGGUGUUGAACUUUGGGAUCAAGUAGAGAAUCUUUUUAAACAUGAAAUCGAUCAGAUCGGGCUAACUGAGUCCUACUUCAAACUUUUCUCCGAUGUCCAAAAGUUACAGCAUGAAUUUGGGAAGAAACUAAGGAAAACGGUUUCUGUAUAUUUACCGAGGAAGAAACCCGAUGUUGACGAAUUAUCUUCCGUUCUGACAUAUUCAAGUAUCGUUCCACAGAUACUUGAAAUGGGUGUAACACAUGAGGCUAGUUCCAAAAAACUUAAUGAAUCUGUUGUCAAUCCACUGAAAACUCAAGUCGAAAAUGAGAAGAGAUCCUUGGAAAAACAGCGUUCUCAUUGGUCAAAGCUAAACGCGACCAUAGAACAGUCGCGUAAACAGUUAGAAUUAAGCUGGCAAAAGUAUGUAACCAAUUUCAAAGAAAGGCAGAAAGCAUAUGAGGUUUCGGAAAAGGCUCAAAACGAUAUCCAACUAGCGCGGGUCGAUCAACAGAAGUUUGAGGCUCUUUAUCAAAGUAAAAUGCAGUCUUUUGAUCAAGCUAGUAGAAAUUACGUCGAUGAAUUAGCUAAAUACAAUAUAGCCAAUCGACGUUACUUCAGCACAGAUAUAGUGACUUUUGUAGAUGAUAUGGAAUGUUCAAGUCGUAUGCGAAAUAAUCGUACUCGUGAACUUUUACUGAUGGUCACCCGCAUUAAUGAAGAAACAAUUUCCAAACUUACUAGCUGCAACAAGCUGAUUUCUGAGGCUGUUUCUGCUCUUGAUUCCUCCUAUGACUCAGCUAAGGUAAUAAAGAGGUUGCACACAGAUGAACAACCUCCUGCUGAUUUACCAUUCCUUGAUUUGGAUAAAUGUCCUCCAGGUAUUUUGGAUGGUUCUGUCUCAGAACUGGGAGCUUUAAUACUUGGUGUCGAGUCACCAGAAUGUUCAAAUCAGUUAAAUAACUCAGGAAGUGCUAUUUCAGGAAGCGGGAUGAUGAGUGGACUCAUUCGGUCUACUCACAAGAAUUCAAAAGAUGAAUAUCUUAGUUUACGCUCACCAUUUAUUUGUGGCAUUAGUGUAAAAAGUAUAAAAAAUACAGAUUUAACUAUCAGACAAGUUGCUGACCGGAUAAAAGUACUAAGGGACUUGGUUAUGAAGACUGAUAAUGAACUACGAAGUACCGAUCGUAUGAUUGAAUCCUGUCGGACAAAUCCUAAAUUCGGAGAUAUGGAAUGCUUAGUUCGAGCAGGUGCUACUUACAGUAGACGUUUAAAUUCUUUAAAGCAACACAUUAAAGAACUUGAGGUGAAAUUCAACAAUCUAGGUGGUGAUCUAGCUUAUACAAAAGCUGAAUCAAUAGCUGAAAAGCUUAGUUCACGUGCUGUAAUCAAUAAUAACACAAAUACUUCUAAGGUUCGAUCUGUAAAUACUAAAUCCCUCGAUGAUGAUGAAGAUGAUGAUGAUGAAAGUGAUCAUUCAUUUGAUUCGGAUGCUGACGUUGCUACGAAUAACAGUAAAGAUGAUAGUACUGUAAACAGCAGUUCGGACCUACACGCAGGAACUCGAUAUGUUGGCUAUGCUUCUGUUCUGUACGAAUAUGAAGGUGAUGGGAGUACAUAUUUAGCAACAAAGCCCGGAGAAUUGUAUUAUGUUUUAAAAGUAGAUUCAACUAAUUCUGGAUGGACAGCUGUAGUAUCUGAAGAUGGAACACGUCAAGGUUUUGUUCCAACUGGUUACAUCAAUUUAACCCUUUAUUAAAUUGUCACUUUUUAUCAAUUUGUUAAUUUUUGUCAUUUCCACCUUCCCCUAAUUCUCAAUUCAAUUUUACUGUUAAUAUGAGUAUUACAGCUCUUCCAGUUGAAUGAAUUAGUAUUUUCCUCUUUUCAUUAAUAUUGAAAAUAAUAUAUUGGUUUGUACAUUCACUCCCCUGACUUAAUUAUUGACACUUUAAUCUUUAUUAUUUUCAAUUAUUAUCACUACUGUUAUGUAUGACUAUUCUUAUUCUCUAAUAGUUGACUUUAAGUCUACACAAUCAGCUUAAUUAUUUGAAAAUUCCACCUCUGUACACCAGUUACUUUUCACAUAUAUUACAAUAAGUGUUAAAUGUACAAUACAUUAAUUAUUUGUAACACCUUGAACACUUAACACACUAGUGCCUUUACUCAUGAUUCACUGCAACUUAUUGAUUGAUGUUAUGAUUGUAUUAUCUCAUUGUUUUUCUUUUCAAUAAUGUUCACCUUCUAAAAACGAAAGUCACCUUAUCGUUAACGUUCAGUUUGAUUUUGUAUUCCGAUAUCAUUAAAUAAAAGUCAACUAGUGGUAUUAAUUGAUUGAUCAUCUAGUCUUUAAUAUUUCCAAUAUAAUUCAUCCGAUUUGUUCAUUCCUAUUAUUGCGUAAUCAUUAAGCUUGUAUUCAUUUAUUUAUUUUUUCAUUUAUGAAACAUGUUGAUAAUGAUGUUUCGCAAGAUUUGGUUUGCUUAAUAUGUAUUCCGUUUUCUAUUAUUUUCUUUUAUUCAAAAACGAUAUACCCUAAUUCUUGUACAACAUACAUUUAUGAACAAUAAAAUGAUUUUAAAUACAGGUAUGACACUCAACAAUUUAUUUGCUUCAUUGUCUAACUGCUGAAUCUAUUUUCAAUGCAUCAUAUUUGCGAACCUCUACUUGAUUUCAUUGUUUUCCUCAUCUUUUUGUCUGUUUUUUCCUAACUAAUUUUAGCUGACGUAAUUUGGUAAAUUGUGUGGUUGUAUAUUUUAUGUAUUAAUUUUUCUACAUAUAAAGAGGAUACUAUAUAUAUUGGUGUUUCAGUUAUGCUAGAUACUAACGCCUUUCUCAUCUGUUGAUUGGUAAGUGGCAUGGUAGCCUUCAAUUCACCUUGUAGUUAUUUAAUAAAACAUAUGUGUUUACCCUAAUCCAAGUAUUUGGAUUUCUC